UCUCUCCCUUUCUCUCUCAUGAAACCGCUGCAUGGCCAAGCCAAGUCGAUGUCCGAACGAGAAUUGGCAUCAACUAAUACUAAAUGUAGGGUCACAUCGAAGCUUAAGCGAAGGCUAAUAUACUGAUAACACCUCGUGAUUGAACCGUAGAAUAGAAAGGAAUUGAGAGCAGGGCAUCUCAUCUGUGUUGUGGAUGCUCUGCUCUGCCACCUCUGUUUCAGCACAGACAAGUCUCUUCCCUUCCUGCUUCCCAUUUCUUUAUUGGCUACUUGCUCACCUCCAUUGUCAAUUUGCCACUCCCUUAAAUCAUUGCUCUGUCACACUCUGAUUCAUCCACCAUAAUUGUCCACAACCCACCUUCCCUGAACUUCCAGCUCACGCUAACAAAUGCAGAAGCCAUUGAAGCUCCGAAGGCCACCUCUCUCUCUCUCUCGGUCCAUCAAUUAAGGAUAAGGACCAUUCUUGUCCUGUUCUCUUCCCACAUCCAUCUCCCUUCCCCAUCUACUGAUCUUUGUCACUUACCCCAUUAGAGAAAGCAACAAAACCAGGCCUAGAUUCAUCUUAUUUGUCUCCGGGAUCCAUACUAGCCGAAAGUCCGAGGAAGGUAUAUAUUUGCUAGGUGGUUGACGGCUCCGAUGCAGCAUUCAAAAUGCCUUCCCCUCCGAUGGGAGACGACGCUCGAGCAGUGGUGGUACGCAUCCCCAAUCGAGUGGGCGGCUGCCAAUGGCCACUAUGAACUGGUCCGGGAGCUCCUCCUCCUUGACAGCAACCAUCUCAUCAAGCUCACCUCCCUGCGCCGCCUCCGCCGGCUCGAGACCCUCUGGGAGGAUGGCGAGGAUGUGGAGCGGUCCCGGGACAUUGCCAUGUGCCGCUCUCUUGUUGCGCGGGAGCUCCUGAGGGAGUGUGAGUCGAAGAGGAGGGACAGCCCACUCAUUCGGGGUGGAUACGGGGGUUGGCUCAUUUAUACAGCAGCCUCGGCGGGGGAUUCGGGUUUCAUCAAGGAGUUGCUCGAGAGGGACCCGCUGAUUGUUUUUGGGGAAGGAGAGUAUGGUGUGACGGAUAUACUCUAUGCUGCUGCUAAGAGUAAUGACUGCAAUGUCUUCCGGUUGGUUUUCGACUCCGUGGCCUCGCCAAGCUUCUCAACCGGAAAGGAUGGUGAUUUGGAAGAGCUCAAAGGGGGAAUUCCUUCAGAGUACAAGGGGGAGAUGAUGAACAGAGCUGUUCAUGCUGCCGCAAGGGGAGGGAAUCUGAGGGUCCUCAAGGAACUCCUUGAGCACUGCUCUGAUAUCUCGGCUUACCGUGAUGCUAAUGGCUCGACUGUCCUUCAUUCUGCUGCUGCCAGAGGACAGAUCGAAGUGGUUAAGUAUCUUCUGGGCGCUUUCAACCUUAUCGAAUGUACGGACCAUCAGGGCAACACGGCCCUUCACACCGCCGCCUACAGGGGCAAACUGCAGGCUGUUCAAGCACUAGCUACUGUUUCUCCGGUGCUAAUCUCAGUCAGAAACAAUGCCGGUGAAACCUUCCUCCACAUGGCUGUUUCUGGGUUCCAGAGCCCUGAUUUCCAGAGGCUCGACAGGCAGAUUGAGCUCGUAAGUCACUUGAUCUCUGAGAAGUCAUUGGAAGUGGAAGAAUUCAUCAAUGCCCGGACUAAUAAUGGUCGGACCGCUCUCCACCUAGCAUUGAUUGGCAAAGUGAAUUCUGCCUUAGUUGGGCUAUUGAUGAGCGUUCCAUCAAUUGAUCUCAAUGUCCGGGAUGAAUAUGGAAUGAUCCCUCUUGAUGUACUCAAACAGCAACCUCAGUCUGCUCAAUCCGAUGUUUUGAUCAGACAAUUAGUCUCAGCUGGUGGAGAAUAUAGUAGUGACAACCAUGAUUUUUCUGCCGCAAAGUCCGUCUAUUCUCAGCUAAAGAUGAUGCAGGUCUACGGGACCAACAGUCCAGGAACCUUGUUCGAGAUUCCAGAUGGUGAGAUCGCGCUCCACGUGGGGCCUGGGAAUGGAUUGGACUCGACUAGUGCUGGUCUGAGCGAGACGGGAAUGAGCUCGUCCUCCUUGGAUUGGGCCAGCGGGAGCUGUAGCUCAAUCGUCCAGUCGGGUUCCAGUCCUGCACGGAGGCUGAAGAGGGCCUUGUGGCCUUCCACGAGGGAGAGGAAACACGAACAUGUUCGGGAAGUCCGGGGAUGAAGUAUAUAUCAGGACUUAGAUCUUACUGGAAGAUGAUUCCUACUUGGUCCAAGAUCGAUCUUGAGGAAUAAGCCUACAAUAAUGACACAAUUGAUUGACGCAUGUACCUAGUCGAGAGAUCGAAUCUUGAAUCCGUAUUCGUGCUCUUUGUUUUGCUCAUUUUAGCACGAUGCACCGAUGGUCGACACUGUAAAAACUAGACCUGCAAUUACAUGCUAUGGGAAAACCAGUGCUCUAUCAGUC